UCAAGAUGAAUUGAAUGGAGGAGAUACAAAAAAAAACAGAAAGAAAGACUGAGAGGCUGAGAGGUACAGAAUGAACAUUGUGGGAAGGUACAAAAGAGAGAGAGAGAGAGAGAGAGAGAGAGAGAGAGAGAGAGGGGAGGAGACUUAGAGGACGAGAGGCACAAGUGGUUGCUAUGCUUCGCUCUCUCUGGCUUGCUUGCUUGCUCACUCACUCACUCAUGCUCUCGCUCUCUCUCUCUCUCUCUCUCUCUCUCUCUCUCACGCUUUCUCUCUUUCUGCCUCGUGGGAAAUGUAGCUCAGCAGCGAACAGAGGACAGCGCACACUGAUUACACAGCGGCAGCAACAAGUCACAAACACACGGAGCUCUGAAAGCAGCAGGGUGACGACAGCGACAUCGGCUCAGGCUCCCGAGGCACAGAUCUUCUCUCCACACCAGCAGUCAUGGUCCUGCUCUCCCUCAGGCACUGCGUGUUCGGCUGAGGUCAGGCUGGAGCCGACUCUCCUGGACGGCAGCGUUCUCUAAUGUUUAACUUCUGAUAAGACAGCUGGACUCUGAGAGCAGGAGCUGAAAGGCAGAACUACAUCAUCUGAUCUGCUUGAUGCUGGACUAUUAUGCUCCAGCUUGAGAGCGCCAAGUGCAGUUUUCUCUUUUGCCUUGGAAUCUGCAUCCUUAUCUGCUCAGUCAUCUACUUUAACGCCAAGAACUCGGAGGCUCCCCGGGCACUGAACCGCAGCAUCAGCUGCCAAUCGCUCCCCGCCACCUGCCAAGGUCUGCCGUCCAGCUCCCCAUCCACGAGAUGGGAGAGGACAGCUUGUCGAGAUUUCAGCUACUCCGAAGAUGCCCUGAACUGCUCCUGGAUGCAGACUGAACUUCACUUCAUUAUGGAGCCUCUAAGCCAGGAGGAGGAGGACUACCCUCUGGCCUUCAUCAUCACAAUUCACAAAGAGUUUGAAAUGUUUGUGCGUCUCCUGAGAGCCAUAUACGUGCCUCAGAACAUCUACUGCAUUCACGUAGAUGCCAAAGCUCCCAAAGACUACAAAGACAGUGUCAGGAAGUUGGCCGGGUGUUUCCCCAACGUCUUUCUGGCCUCAAUUAGCGAGAAGGUGGCGUACGCCGGCUUUUCUCGUCUGAAGGCAGACAUCAACUGCAUGCAGGAUCUAGCGAGGUCGCCAGUCAAAUGGAGAAAAGUCAUAAACCUCUGCGGGCAAGAUUUCCCCAUCAUGAGCAACCUAGAACUCAUUAGAUACAUGCAGGAAGCAGAAUGGAGGGACAGAAACAUGACUCCAGGCAUCAAACAGCCAAAGUCCAUGCAGCACAGGACUCAAAUUCAGCAUGUGGAGAUCAACGGAGUCUACGUGGCUCCAAGGAAACGUAGGAAGAACUUGCCACCACAUAACCUGCAAAUCUACUUCGGCACAGCCUACUACGCUCUGACCAGAGCUUUCGUGGACUACGUCCUCAACAGCUCAGUGGCCAAGGACCUGUUAGAGUGGUCUAAGGACACCUACAGCCCUGAUGAGCACUACUGGGUAACCCUUAACCAUGUGAUAGACGCCCCUGGCAGUAAUAUAGAAGGUGAAUGGGAAGGAAAUAUCCGAGCCAUCAAAUGGAAGGACCAGGAAGGAACAGCACAUCAAGGCUGCAAAGGACACUACGUCCGGGACAUCUGCAUUUACGCUGUCGAGGACUUGCCCUGGAUAAUCGAGAAGAACAGCAUGUUUGCUAAUAAGUUUGAGAGCACUAGUUUUCCUGAGGCUCUGGACUGCCUGGAACAGCUGCAUAGGUACAAAGUCCUUCAGCAAGCAAUGGUGCCCAUCAAGCCAUCAUGGCAGCUUGCAACUGAAGUCAACAUCAGUAGUGUCACAGUGGCAGGAUGAAUGCAAAAAGAAAACAAAAGAAAACAAAGCAAGAACACUGCCAAACUAUAUAAAAAAAAGGACAUUACAAAACUAUAUGCUGAAAUGAGAUUUACAUUAUUUAGGAAGUACUACGGGUGUAACGGUACGUGUAUUCUUUUCGAAGACCCUGUCACGAUACAGGGGUCACGUUUCGGUUUGCGCAAAAGCACGCAGAAUACACGGUACAGGCAGUCUACAGGAGACGUGUGGAACCAAUAAACGUAAUGCAGAACUAAUGUUCACAGGAGUGUUGCACCUGGAAAGUGUAGCUGUAGCACUGUUGCCUGCCCUGAGAAAUUUAGCUUUCAGCACAUGGGCUGAGUAUGGCAUCUGAAAACAGUGCACCAGAGAGUGAAAAAGACACACAGGAGAUCGAAGACCCACCUGCUGCUUUUAAAUCAACUGUGUGGGAAUACUGUGGGUUCCCUGUGAACUAUAGUAGGGCUGAAGGGCAAGUGGUGGCGUACCAAACCCUGGGGUUUAAACCGCGGUGUGAACCGAACCGUGAAAUUUCUGUAUCGUUACACCCCUAGAAAGUACAGUAAAACGGAUUAACUCCAAGAAACAGCAGCUGUGGAUUCAUAAAUGUUUGUUUUGUGUAGACAAAGCUUUCGAGCUUUAGAGACAAGUUGUUAUUUAUUUAUUGCACUGCUUUGUUGUUUGCGACCUUCAUGGAUUGUUAUUUUUAUUAUGAUUAUGCUUAUGUGCUUAAUAUGCUGAGAGACAGGCCUUUGAAUAGGAAGCCACUGGAAAUUCUAUGAAAGAUAAUUAUCUCUCUCUAGAGGCUCUGUCUGAACUCAGACUGUGGUUCAUAUGGAACAAAAGCUUUGGCUUUAAUUGUAUGAAACAAUGCAGCUUAUUUAUUUUUUUAACUCCUCAGGGUUAAUCUGUUAAUUGUCUAUUAUUUAAAUGUUAUUAAAUGUCAUGUAAUUGGCUCUUAGCCAGAUGUAAAAACAGCUGUAAAAAUAAUUUAUUCUUUACAUUGAGGUGGUUUUAGCAAGCCUCAGACUUUCAUAAAUAAUAAACAACAUCCAACAGAUGGCAAAGUGAAAGUGCAACACUGUCAAGAGAUGGGCAUUACACUUAUAUCAGGGCAGGGUUCAUACAGUAUAUAACAGAAAAGCUCAUAAUUACUAGAUUAGACUGACUUUAUCUGAUUAAAAUAGUAAAAGCCUCCUCUCAGAGCUGCAUUUACGUUAUUAUUAUUGGCAAAGCUCUUCCUAAUGAUCUUCUGCUGCCCAACAUCAUAAACUUAGUUUAGUCCAGCAGAGAUGCCAGAUGCCUCAGAUGAGGAAAUGAUACACAUUAGACAUUAGAUCCUUAUCCAAGGCUCUUACAUGUGAGCUUCAUUUCUACUGUUACAGAUUGAGGCAACAGAUCCUGGAAGAAAACUUAGUUUUACUGAUAUAUUACAAACAGGAAAUCCAAUUAUCUCGUGAAACUGACCGCAUGCAUAGUACGAGUACAAACACAGCUCACCUUCUAUUACUGUCUUUUAAUAUAAAGCUGCUUUAAAUUAUUAUUUGAGUCACUGCACUGAAGAAGAGCUACUUUUGGUUCCAGAAAAAUAAUACAAAUAAAAUAUAGAUUUAUUUUAAGAUUAAUAAGCUUUACAUUCCUUAAAAAAAAAGUGAUUUUCAGACUUCUAAAUCUCAAUAUUUUUUUUUUUUUGUAGAAGCAAAAAUGACUCUUAUUUAGACGAUAAGACCAAAAUGUAUAAUAUAUUAAUAUUAGAGCUAGAUGACUGAACCCAAAUGCAUAAUAUAUUAAUAUUAGAGCUGCAUGCUAAGACCAAAAUCUAUUAUAUAUUAAAAUUAGCGCUGGACGAUAUGAUAAAAAUGUGUAAUAUUAAUUUUAGCGCUGGACAAUAUAACGAAAAUGUACAUUAAAAUUUGCACUGGACAAUAAGACUAAAAAAUUCAUUAUAUAUUAAUAUUUGCGCUGGUCUACAACACCAAAAUGUAUCAUAUAUUAAUAUUAGCGAUUGACGAUAAGACCAAAAUGUAUAAUAUAUUCAUCUUAAAAUUAAUAACUGAUAAAAUUGAUCUCACAGUAAUUCUUUUAAUUUUGAUUGAUACAAUAUAAUUCUGAUAUUGAUAUGAACAGUAUAGGCACCACCCUUGGUGUAUGUAAUCAUGCAUGGACAGAAUAAAAAUGUCAUAUCAUGAUACUAAAACAUAUUUUCAUUAAUUUUUUUGCUGCACAUUAUCCAAUUACACAUUACCUAAUUACAACUGAUUUUUUUAACACCCUCAUCAUCCAUUUAUGAGAUUCUGACUAUGCUUUAAAAAAAAAAAAGCAUAUUGUCGAUACGAUAAGGAAAUUUUAUCAUGAGAAGAUACAAUGUCAACAUUUUUCAGAGAUAUAAUUAAUAUAUAUGAAAUAAUAUUUCACUUUUUUUUUUUAAAUAAUAUUUCUUAAUUUCAGUCUAUACUGUAUUAUUCUGAAAAUAUAAUAAAUAAAAAGGCCUAAUGAAAAACUGCCAAGAAUGCUUAAUAAACAUCCCUGUAAUGAAUGUCAGUCAGCGACAGAUGCUGUAAUUAAUGCGCACUGAAAUGCUGCAAUUAUGUCUAAUGAUCAUUACUGAAACAUUUUACAUUGUGAUAUAUAUAGAGAGAGAUUUUUUUGCACAGCCCAUGUUAACAUACUUUUAUGAGAUUAAAAUGGUUGUGAUGAGAGAAGGGAAUAGAUUACAAUUUGCACAGUAGAGACAUGAUUGUGAAACUGGCCAUCAGUAAUUACGCACCAGAAAAAAAUCUUUUGUUAUUGACUUUCCCCUAAACUCGUGGUGCGUAGGGAACCGCUGGGAAUGGCCAUUGUUGCUCACAUCUAAUGCUCUGCAGGUAGCGGAAAAUAACUGUGCGUGUGUGUGUGUGCGCGUGUGUGUUUGGUUUUGUUUUGGUGUGUGUGUGAGUAAUUUUACAAUAGCUGUUGUAUAAAAAUAGUUUUUCUUAGGUUACAAAGCCUGCUUGCGGUAACAGUGUACUGUUCAAUACACUCAGGUUUAAGUUUUUAUAUUUAUUUAAUGUUUGUUUAAACUCCUGCCACAUCUUUUGAAUGCUUCAACUGGUCUUUAUACUGUCUGUAAUUUAUUAAAUAAAUUAUAAUUCAUUUGUACAAGUUGAAAAUGUUUUUUUUGUUGAUUUUUUUUUAGAAUGUGUAAUUAUUAAACAAACAUAAUAAUAAAAAA